GUUGGGAAGCAGUGCCCAGAGGUGAAGGACCGAACGCCGAGCCUGUACCCCGCUCCCCUGGGUUCCCCGCUUCUUUUGUCUUCUUCAUACUUGAACAUAGUCAUUUCACUGCUGUGAGACUGCUUUGUCAACUUGUCUUUAAUGAAUGUGAGCAUUAUGGUGAAGAAAAGAUAUUGCCAUCAACAUUAUAACACUGUCAUAGAAUUCCUCUAAAGAAUAGGAAAUUUUGCUGGUGUUGUGCAUUCUGGAAAUACCUUAACUACAGAUACCACCAGGGCUUUGCAAAGCAGGAGGAACAUGCUGCUGUUGUCUGCUUACUGACAGUAACCGUCUGGCCACUUCACUCAUGAUGUUUUCAUUCUCACGUUGUCCAAUUGGAAUUUGCUUAUACUGAUUUUUAAAAAGAGGAAUAAAUCAAAGUGGAGUACCGUAAACUUGACAUGGAAAAUAAAAAAAAAGACAAAGACAAACCAGAUGAAAGAAUGACACGGCCCAGUGGGAGAUCAGGCCAUAAUCCACGUGGAACUGGUUCAUCAAAUUCUGGAGUGUUAAUGGUUGGCCCUAAUUUCAGAGUUGGUAAAAAAAUUGGAUGUGGUAAUUUUGGAGAACUACGAUUAGGAAAAAAUUUAUACACAAAUGACUAUGUGGCAAUUAAGCUGGAGCCAAUGAAGUCGAGAGCACCACAGCUACAUUUGGAAUACAGAUUCUACAAGCAGCUAGGAUCUGGAGAUGGAAUACCUCAGGUUUAUUAUUUUGGCCCAUGUGGCAAAUAUAAUGCUAUGGUGCUAGAACUACUUGGACCUAGUCUGGAAGAUUUAUUUGACUUGUGUGGUAGGACAUUUUCUCUUAAAACCGUUCUUAUGAUAGCCAUACAGUUGAUUUCUCGCAUGGAAUAUGUGCAUUCAAAGAACUUGAUAUACAGAGAUGUAAAACCUGAGAACUUCUUAAUAGGACGACCUGGAAACAAAACCCAGCAAAAUAUUCACAUUAUAGACUUUGGUUUGGCAAAGGAAUACGUAGAUCCAGAAACAAAGAAGCACAUACCAUAUCGAGAACACAAGAGCCUUACAGGAACAGCUAGAUACAUGAGUAUAAAUACACAUUUAGGAAAAGAGCAAAGUAGAAGAGAUGACUUGGAAGCUUUGGGUCAUAUGUUUAUGUAUUUUCUCAGAGGAAGUCUUCCAUGGCAAGGUUUAAAGGCAGAUACAUUAAAAGAACGUUACCAGAAAAUUGGAGACACUAAACGAGCAACUCCUGUAGAAGUAUUGUGUGAAAACUUCCCAGAGGAAAUGGCUACUUACCUGCGUUACGUAAGAAGGUUAGAUUUUUUUGAAAAGCCAGACUACGACUACUUGAGAAAGCUCUUCACAGACUUACUUGAUCGGAAAGGCUAUAUGUUUGAUUAUGAAUAUGACUGGAUUGGCAAACAGUUGCCUACUCCAGUGGGUUCAAUGCAUUCAGACCCUGCAAUGUCUUCAAACAGAGAAGCAUAUCAGCACAGAGACAGAAUGCAACAAUCCAAAAAUCAGUCAACAGAACAUAGGGCAGCUUGGGACUCACAGCAAACCAAUCCACAUCAUUUGAGGGUCCACCUGGCAUCUGACAGACAUGGUGGCUCUGUACAGGUAGUAAGCUCAACAAAUGGAGAGCUGAACACAGAUGACCCAACUGCAGGUCGUUCAAAUGCACCCAUCACAGCUCCUGCAGAAGUAGAAGUAAUGGAUGAAACAAACUGCCAGAAAGUGUUGAACAUGUGUUAUGUAACUCUCAGAGCAGUUCUGGUCUGCCUCUGCCCACUGCUACUUUUUCAGUGACUGAGCAACAGGGUGCCUUGGAUAUUUUGAGAAGGUGCUGCUGCUUAUUCAAGCGGAGGAAAAGGAAAACCAUCCAGCGCAACAAAUGACUAGAGCCAAACAGAACGUGGGAAAAUGUUUAUUUGUUCAACUGUUGUCUUGUGAUCUUAAACUCAACAACAAAACCCAAAGCAAAAACCUCCAUAAUAAACACAUUUUCCAAGGACUUUCUAAGAAACAAUAUCAUGUCUCUGUGCUUUGAUUUAGUUCUUCUGCAUCCAUCUUCUGUAAUUCAUCUGUUCUGAAAGCUUUACGAUAUUAUCAAAUAAGAGUGCUUCUUUGACCAUCAACAUAUGGACCAAUGAAAUGAUAGAAAAUGAACAGUAUCUUGAGCAAAACUGAACUUGAGAAGUGUUUCUUCUUUACUAGGAAGUAGUAGCAGUGUCUUAGAUGAAGACGGAUGUCAUAGAUCAGUUAUUUGAGUUUGUAGCAGUGUAUCUAAAGCAGUUUUCUUCAAAAAUGAAGAAGAAAAAUACAGGUACACAACCAUAUUGCGAAAUAAUAAAAUCUUAAGAUUUAUUUUAUGAUACUUGCAUUGUUUUCUUCUUUUUCCUUAGUAUUACUGGCUAGUCAAAUUGUUACUCUAGUCAAAUUGUCACUGUCUAGAGAAACCGGGGAUGCAGAUUUAACUGUUGACAGUUGUCAAAAUGCUGGUGCUACUAAUAGAAAGUAUUUCCAGUAUCCUCUUGGUUUGAAAACCUGCUUUUGUUUUGCCUACACAGAAAAUUGCAGUACAGUAGAGAUUAUAAGUGUUUGUUCAAAGAAUACAAAUGUUUGUAUAAUUUAAGUUGUACAUCUGGUAAUGUUAACAAGAUCAAAUUACCUUUAAAAGAGUUCUACAGAGCAAAUAUUGAAUCUGGUUGAAGCAGAGUAAAUAUUAAAGCCUGUACGUUCACUAAGGUAGUUGUUGAUUGACAGUAUCUUUAACUUGAAAAUACGGACGUGCCAUGUAAAGUUAGAGAUGCAUUAUUUUGUUAUUUAAUUUAGAAAACAAAUGAAAUAGAAGUGAGUUAGACUUCUGCCUUCACUGCAUACUAGCCCAGAGCAUCCCAAAUUUCCUGCUGUUUUUUUCCUGGAAUUUUCUUAUCUGGCACUGUAAGGUCACUAGUAUCAAGAUGGCAAGGAUGUGUCAAAUGCUUAUCUACAGUCCAGUGAAACGCUUGCAAUAUGGACAAACCAAGAGUCCUGUAGGCAAGACAGCCCAUUUUUAUUUUUUUCUUCUUCAGGAAAUAUAUGCUUCUUUUAAAGCCAUAAUGACAGAGUUGUGGCUUUGUCAUGUUUAACUGCCAGUUAUUGAAGAAGGGCUGUGGAAGAUGAAAGUGACUAGACAGAUUUAUUGACCAGAACACAGAUUAUCUCUAUUUUUCUAGAAUUCUUCUAGAGCCUAAGUAGUGUCUUUUUUCUGUCCACAAAUGUUUUUUUGCAUACUUAUUU